AGGGCGCGGCUUUCGAGAGUCAUCUAAUGCAAGAAAUGUGCAGCUUGCUAGCCAUUAAAAAGACGAACUACAUCGUACCAUCCACAAGGAAAUGGGCUCGUCGAGUGGACCAACAGGAUUAUCUAGGCUAUCUUACAGAGCUUCGUCGAACGCCAUCAGUCUGAUCAGUGGGACGAAGCAUUGCCACAAUGUAUGGUUGCCUAUCGGGCCUCGGUGUACUCUACAACCGGCUGUUCUCCAGCUUACCUUACUCUCAACCUUGAGAUUCGCUUACCUCUGGGAUUACUAUCACCUGUCUGUCCGGUUGAAGCUUACUCUGUCGGGAUACGUCCGCAACACCUCUGAGCGACUCCGAGUAGCCUUUCAAAGCGUGCAGGAGCAUAUGAGCAGAGCGAAGCACAGCCAGAAGGGGUAUUACGAUCGCCAAAGUCGAAUCCCUGAAUACCGAAAUGGUGAUCGUGUAUGGCUACACCGACCAAGACUUCCAGCUGGCGCACCAAGAAAAUUCCAUCGGGAAUGGCAGGGGCCAUAUGAGGUUGUGUUCGUACGCUCGCCUACUGUGUGUGCUUCGAAACGUUACGGACCCAAACGCCGACGUACUGACCGUUCAUUACAACCAACUGAAACCGAUGGCACCGUCUUCAAGUUCUACGCCUGUAGAUGGAAUCGUGCCACCCGGUUGUCUCCCGGUAGUCGAACACACUGUAGAUGUGCUAGCUUAGGGGUGCCUCGCUUUGGUUCCAGAUGCGCUGGCACUGGGGACAGUGCCUCACUUAGAAGGGGAGACAAUGUAGUACAGUUGAAACCGCAAUGUAUUGUUUAAAUUGACCGCCAUUACUAAUGUCUCCCUUGCUUGUUUUACAAGUCUUGGCGGACCGAAUGCACAAUGAAUGAAGGGAACCAAAGGCCAAGCUCCAGUACCUGUUCCUUGUAAACUCGUUGUUUAUAUACUUGCUUGCCGUGUACCACGCUAUUCGCAUGCCGCGCUGUUGAAUACAUCUGUCUCGGUCCCGCUCGCU